CUUGUCUUCUCCGCUAGUGGAGCUUGUCCCCCGGUUAGAUUCACAGUCGUAAUUCUCUGACCAAUAUUUAUUUCUGGUUUCAGUCUUCCUCUCAGAUUUGAAUGAAUUUCAAAACAAUUAAUCUUGUUCACAGUCACAGUGGUUUUAGGUUCCGAAAAAAUUUGAAUCAGUUCUAGUUUGUCCUCAAUGUGAAGUCAUAAAACAGUAUUGAUUUAGAUUUUUCAUUGUUUGUUUGUCAAUUUAACAUCUAUCAGUUCAUUUUAGUCAGUGUAACCAACUCUUACAUGUUAUAUAGUGAAUAUUUAUUUGUUAUUUAUAUGCAUUUCUCUGUAGUUAUUUCAUGCUAAUGUUACUUUGAACUUUCCAUUGCUAGAUAUGGCCUCAGCUAGCACUACGACUAAUUAUCCACAACGACUUUACAAAAGAGGGAAAACACCUAACCAACAAAAGAGUAUGAGUUACUAUAGUUAUUUGUCAAAUUUUCAAAUGGUGGAAGUAGGAGUAGGAAACGACGCAUGAGAUGCACUGAAGAAGUCAUCAGUUGGAGUUUUUCCUAGAUUUUACGAGCUUGAUUUCACAUGGUAUGCAAAGGUUGUUCAUUACCUCUUAACGCAUCAGCUGGUAGUUAGAAAGAACUACGAGAUAUGGUCGUUACAGCAACUUCUUCGGCAGCUACAUCAUCUUCUUCUUCCUCCAAAUCUAUAUCCUUAAGUUCAAGACAAAUUCUCAUCGGUUCGGUCUUUAGUUGCUCCAAAAAUCCAGAAAAUUGUCUUUGAUUUCCGAUAUCUAUAGGCAGUGUAUUUUGUGGUAAUGUCAACAAAACUUUUUUUGGAUACAUGUAGCUCAAUUCCACCUUGUAAUAUUGUGUAUCGACUUUGUACUCUCUGAUCACCAUUUGAACAAAAUAUUCAUAGCAAAUCCUAUCAUUUACUUCUGUAACUUUUCUCUCGUUUUUCUUGUCAACACCAAAUAGCCAUCUAGUUUCUUGAUAUAUCCAUUUACCACAUGUAAGAGUAAGUUGCCCCAUCUGUGAAAAAAGAAAGGAGAAUUGAUGGAAAGAAAACGUAAACAGCGUAAGAAGAAGAAGACAGCUUCUUGAUAUAUCCAUUUACCACAUGUAAGAGUAAGUUGCCCCAUCUGUGAAAAAAGAAAGGAGAAUUGAUGGAAAUAAAACGUGAACAGCCUAAGAAGAAGAAGACGGCUUGACGUAAUAGGUAACGGACUUGAUUAGAUUUGUUUAGAUUAGGGUUUGAUUCAAUUUUAUUUCUGGUCUAAAUUAAGUUAUGAUUUGGUUUACACAAUUAAAUUAUGAUUUGGUUUAAAUUAAGUAAUGGUUUGGUUUUCACAUUUAAAUUAUUGUUUGGUUUAAAUUAAAUCCGGUUUACAUGGUUUGUCACGAUUUUGGUUAAUUGGUUAAAAUUAUAUAAGUCUGUCUUCAAAAAGAAAAAAAAAUCUGUGGUCAAAAGUAAAUAAAUCUGUUGAAGUUUGUUAACUAAAUCUAUUGAAAAGAAAUAAAUCGGUUGGAAGUCUAUCAAAACUAAAUAAAUUUGUGGGCAAAUGAAGACAAAUCUGUGAAAACAAAAAUUAGUUUGUUAAAAAUAAAUAUAUAAAUAAAUAUGUGUCUGAAGAGCAAAUAAAUCUAUCAAACCUUAAAUAAAUCUGUCAACUUUAGAUAAGUCUGUAUCUAUAAGAAAUAAAUCUGUUAAAAUUAAAUAAUUAUGUUGCCAAAGAAAAAUAAAUCUAUUAAAUAUAUAUAUGUGAAAAUCAAAUUAAGUCUAUGGAUUUUAAAUAAGUUUGUGGCAAUAUAGAAAUAAAUUUAUGGUUAAUAAGUCUGUUGCUUCGUGUAACGUGAAUCAAAUAAAUCUAUCAAAUGGCAAAACUGUAAUUAUAAAAAAAAUUAAGAAAAUUAUAUAAAUGGCAGUUUUGUAAUUAUCGUUUUACAGAACAAAACGUCUAAGGGCAUUAUAGGUAUCAAAACUAAACCAGUAAUUAAAAAAAUAUUAGAACUAAUCUAGUAAUAAACUGAUAAAUUAGGUCUACAUUAAUUUUUUUCCCUAUAUAUAAAUGUUAUUAUUUUACUUUUAUUGAGCAACAACCCUUCCUAUCUUAUAGAAAAGGAUCCCAUGAUCACUGCAAUCUUUUUUUUUAAGUAGAAAAUAAAGAGAAUCACUGUAAUAAAACAUUUUUAGAAACAAUCACUGCAGAUCCAACCAUUGCAGAUGCAUGGUCGUAAUUAUAGGUUCGAGUCAAAUAUCUUGAUUUCCUUUAUUUGAAAAUACAUUACCUUAGACAAAAUUAAAAAAUGAAAACUAGUCAAACAUAGCAGUUAAAAAAACUAGUCAAACAUAGUGCUAUAUAUAGCUUUUCCAUUUCUUCAUCGUAUAUAAAUAACAGACUUAUAUUCAUCCUUGAAGAAACAAAACUAGUUAAUAAAAUGUCUAGAGCAUUUACGAUGGAUCUUAUCGUGAAUCUCGUACCUCUUUUGUUCUCAGCAGCCCUAGUUUAUUCGGAUCAAAGUACAGUGCCUCUCAAAUCUUUCAAGAUCAGUGAAAAUGUGAUAUACGAUUGCAUUGAUAUUUAUAAGCAACCGGGACUUGAUCAUCCCUUGCUCAGAAACCACAAAAUCCAGAUGAAACCAUCAUUUUCACCACAUGAUUCAACGAAUAAAACUGGCAAUAACGCGACAUACAAAACGAAAAUAGCAUGUCCAUAUGGAACUGUUCCUAUACUGAGAAAUACAAAGGAAUUCAACACUGAUGCACAAAUUUUUGCCGAAAAGCAUUUCAAUCAGAUUUUAGCCGAUGGGCUCGAUCCUCUAACACAUAUUGCUGGAGUAAGGUCGGAGCCUGGUCCAUAUCGUGGUGUGCAAGCCUUUUUUAAAGCAUAUAACUUAGACCUCAGAGACGAUGAAGCGUCCUAUAAUCAGAUAUAUAUAGGGAGUGGACUUAAUAACGGGGACAAUUUUUUGAUGACAGGUUUAAUGAUAAAUCCAAGUUUAUAUGGAAACGACAGUGUCUGGACAUUUGGAUUUUUUCAGGGUAAGGAUGGAAAAGGAUGUUACAAUACUGGAUGUCCAGGGUUUGUCCAAUUAUCGCCACGAAAUCCCAUAGCCUUUCCCGUAGGAAUGAAGCCACUAGAAGCUGGCAACAUACAUCCCUUCAUCCAUCAGGAUAAUCAAACAGGAAAUUGGUGGCUUUCAACCUUGGGUUAUAAUUCAUUUAAAGUAGAUAUCGGCUAUUGGCCAAAAGAGCUAUUCAACCUUAUGGAUAAUGGUGGAAAUAUUGUUGGAGCUGGAGGUGUGGUUCAUGCUUCUCCAUUUGGUACAAGCCCUGCGAUGGGUCAUGGUCAAUUUCCAAAACAACCAGUACCUUUAGAUGGAUCACCAACUUUUUCAGAUGUUAAAGUCAUGAAUUCUAAGUAUGAGUCACAUAGAAUGGAUUAUUUUCCAAUAGAGAAGUUGUUAGACAGUCCCCAGUGUUAUGGGAUAGAAAUUGGGAUAAACGAACCUCCUCAUCACGAUCAUCGUGGUUUCUUUUUUGAUGUUGGUGGUCCGGGAGGAAACACUUGUUGAAUUUGAUAUUUGUAAUUUCAUUUAUACCCAUGAUAUUUAAUAAAACUAUCAUUUUAUAAA